UAUAGAUAAGGGUGGUGUAAACUGUCAAAUAACCCACUCAGCCAUGCUGUGACAUUGUUUACAAAACAAGAAGUGAUCAAAGUGCAUCAAGCACGCAGGUAUCACGGAGAUUAUUGAGUGACUGAAUAAUAUCGGUUCAGUGACACGGAAUCCGAGGAAAGUCUGUUCCUUCUGGCUCAGAAGCUGAGCACACUAAUCAACGAUGAUCACUUGCGGGUAUGGCAUCUGGACGAAGUGACCAAACAGUUCGGCGAUAUCGGAUGCUUUGCGCUGGAGUUGUCGUCGAGGAUCUGCCAAAAGACUGAACGUGCGGCACUGGCCAACGAUGCCAGCCGGAGGGCGGUGAAGUUAAACCCAUUCAUGUGGCAAUCGUUGCCGAGCUAUGCCAGCGUGGAGCGAAACCGGAUCCGACGGAAGUAUUUCAGCUUUCGAGCACCGAUAUAUUUGCCACUAGUCAGCCAACGGCCUUAAACUCGUCGGUGGUUUGGUUUGGAAAUGGAUGUGGCAGAGGUGGGGGAGGAGGAGUAGGAGGGGGUUGCAGUUUCAUUAUUAACCCGGACGUCGGAAUCGAGCUUCAACAGCAGCAGCAUCAACAGUUAUUCAGCAGUAGUCAUUUAUGUAUCUACUCCACUAGAUCAGAUUUCUCAAUGUCUCAUACAGAAUAUAAACAAUACACCAAAUUGCUCCACAACAGCAACCUCAGCUCCAACAGAGUCAGAAUAUAUCUAGUAUAACAAAUGUAGAACAAACUCCAGGCAAUGGUGCAGGGGCGGAAAUGGGGACCGCUUUCCGGAAGCAACAGUUUAAGUAUCUAGCCGCCAUGAGUCCUACUACUCCUAGUUUCGAUGAUUUACCUAUAAUGCAUAGUCCAGUUUUAAGCAGUGACCAAUCGAAUUUGAUAAUGACACCUUCACCACAAAAGUUUUCGACUUUGGCCACCGGUUGUCUUCAGCCGCAACAACCUCCCGGUUCGCAAAUCCAACAACAGCUGAAUUCGAUACAGCAACAGCAAAUCAUAGCCGGAAGUGAACAGCAGAAAAUGGCUCUUCUGUGCAGUAACAAAAAGAUGCGUGGCCACCACAAUUUAGGUACAAUGGGCAACAUAAUUAGCAGGAAAAGCGAUACCACGGCAACAACGAUGCUGCUGCAGGACAAAAGUACAAACACCAAACCGAUUGUGUUUACUCAGACAUGCAACCAGUUGAUGACGCCGCGAACACCCAACACGACCGGCGGUGCCCUGCAGGCCCAGAAUGUAUUUACUUUAAAAUCUUGGCAGUUGAAAUCAGUGAUUUAUAUUAUUACAGACUUAAUUUGAACCAAAUUUGAUUCCAAGUCUUGGUCUUGGUAAAAAAAAAUCGAUAACUGAAUAAAUUUCUGAUGGUGAUACACACUAGUUGAACAAAACUUCAAAGAAUUUAAAUUCUUCACAU